AUGGAUGGAGAGCAGAGGAAUUCUCCAUUUUAUCCACUUCCAACGCAAUUUUUACAACCAGAGGCCAGUGAAGAUGAAGAGGAUGAUCUGAGGUAUGCAGACGAUGACGAGUAUGACCACACACUUAUGCAGAUUAAAGUUAACAGUCGGGCUGCUGCUAAUGACGAUUUAAUUCCGCCGGAUGGUUCUGGAAUCUCUCCCAACGUCUUCUAUGGUGUGGCCGAAACUUCUCACCAGAUAAGUCGACGGUGCUUUUGGAAGUUGGUUUUUGAAGAAUUGGAGCGUGAUUUUCAAGCACUUAAAGCUAGCCUUAGAAGAUUUUUUGCCUUCAAAUUUACCACUGAAUCGCCAAAUUGGUACCUUGUACUUCGCUUUGAUUUUGGAUGGGUGCACGUUGCUGUGUUGGCUGCCUUUAUAGUGAAACAUUCAAUUUUGGGAAAAGAUGAGAAACUCACUUCAGGAGGUUAAAU